UAUCUAUCAUCUUAGUUUAGCUUUUUCCAUGCUAGAACGUAACUUACAGAAAAUAACGAUAGAAUCGUUGCUAACAUAACAGGCUAUUGGUUACCACUGUCAGUGUCGUCGCAUACAUAUUUCUGGAUUGCUAUUCUACUUUCUUUUACUUGGAAGACAACCUAAAGAUAGACUAAGUACGUUCGAGUAACAAAAUGGCCGGAAGAAAGCCAGAAAUCCCCGAAGGCUACCUUGGACCCCAGGAAAAAUGGAAUGAACUUGGACUUAAAACCAUGACCCAUCCGAAUCCAGAGAUUAUUGCACGGGAUAAUCAUUUGAAAAUUGAAAUAGGGUCGGAGACGGCACAUAUCAAAGUUACUUACCAACUUAUCCACUGUAUCUCUGAAAAGGAAUAUUCAGAAUAUGUCUUUGCUCAGAUGAAAGAAGGCAUCAUCCAUGUAAUGGUUCAUAUGCCAGAAACCGGUUAUUAUAAACUUCAGUUGUAUGCAUUGCCAUCAUCUGAUGAAAGUAAAUCUCUUCCGAACGUAUUCAACUAUCUGAUUCGUUGUACAACCGCAGCCCAGACGGUUCAUCCGUUUCCAAAGCACUAUGCUCAAUGGAAGGACGGAUGCUUUCUACAUGAGCCACUAGUCUUGCACGCCAACAGCAAUCUGACGAAUAUCAACUGGCGCGUCAAUGUUCCACAUGCCAAUGGAGUAGCCGUUGUUGUUGAUGAGGAGUGGUUCCAUUUUGAAAACCGGGGAGGACCAGUUUGGAUGGCAAAAUUUAGCUUGGAUAAAUACCGAGGGUCAAAUUCUAAAGUAAAACUUUCAGCCAAUUUUCAAGGAGAUGAGGAGAGUAAAUUUUCUACUAUGCUCGAGUUCACCAUUUAAAUGUGAUUUGCUGUAAAUUUGACAUUGACUUGACAAUACUUGAAUGCUUUAACAAUAUAGGGGGCUUCUGGAUUUCCAAUUGCAACUUUUAAUUGAUAUUUGAAAAUGCUCUUCACGCUGCAGCUUGCAUAGGAUUUUAACUGUUGGUAACGAAGAUUGUGCUCUACUUUACUUUGGACCAAUUUCAUAUGGCAUCUGUAUCUCUAGAUAUCUAGAUAUAAAUAAAGCAUACUUCGCAGAAAAUAA